CACACACACACACAUAUGCAUCUCUCCGCUCAAAGUGUGUAAAGCAGCAAAGACGCAGACUUGGAAGAUGAACCUCUUCUGCUUCACUCUGGAUGGCUCUACAGACAGCCUGUAUGAGCCGGCUCAGAUCGGGCAGAACACUCAAGAUUUAUUACCCAGAAGGCUGCCUAGUCCCAACCCCGUGAAGAACAUGAGCGUGUGGAGAGGAUCUGAGCCCUGCAUCGCCACGGUGAAGCGUCCAGAGACUCACACAAGUAAGACUCCAGAAAGUACGAUUUUGGAAAAGGCAAAGAGAAAGUCCCAAUUGCUAUCCACAUCAGAAGACGAGACCACAGGUCAUACAGAGACUGAUGCCCACUGGCCGUCCACCAGGAAAAAAGACGGCUUGGUAAACAGCAAGAACCAUUCUAACACAGAGACGGUCAAAGAUCACCACCGGUUAAAACUCAGUAGAGAAGAGAAAGAAGAGCUGGUGAAUUCAGAGAAGGCAGUUAAAAAUCCCUUCGUCCAGGGAGUGAAUUUUGAAGCCUGGAAUCCCAAUAGAGAAAACUCUGAAUGCAGACAGCAAGACUUGACCAGGAGGUCAGAGAGUGAGGAUGAGGCACAAGGUACGCUGAAAAAGAUCCAGAAACUAGUGGGAGGGAAAAAGGGAAAUCAAAGUGCCACAGACGAGUCGAAAAACAACACAGAGCCUGGCGAAUCCAUCGGCAAAGGCCACAGUCCUGUCAUAACCUGCAUCAAUCUGACCAAAAAAGCUGAGAAGAAGCACACAAGGGCAUCCACACAGCAAUCCCAGCAGCCCCUGCAGGAUAAAGACGUUGAAGGUUCUUGUGGUCCAGGGCUCUUUCAGGAGUACUGGAGCCCCGUGGCGUAUUCACCAGCAUGGGACACGUCCACACACACCUGCCACAGGUCAACAGCUGAGCAGGUCAUGUACAACUUCAACUUCACCCUCCCCAGAGACACGGACUGGGAGAAAUACGAGGAGCUCUUCCACCGACUGGACCCCUAUAAACGAGACCAACAAGACCGGUGGAUCACCCACUCUGUCAUGGACCUGGACACGCCGGACGCUCUGGUGAGACGCUGAUCAAAGCUGCACUUCCUGUUGA